AUGUCGGAGACCGCACCCGCCGCCCCUGCCGCCCCGGCCCCCGCGGAGAAGACCCCCGCCAAGAAGAAGGCGGCCAAGAAGCCUUCUGGAGCGCACCGCAAGGCGUCCGGGCCCCCCGUGUCCGAGCUGAUCACCAAGGCGGUGGCCGCGUCCAAGGAGCGCAACGGCGUGUCCCUGGCGGCGCUCAAGAAGGCGCUGGCGGCCGCCGGCUACGACGUGGAGAAGAACAACAGCCGCAUCAAGCUGGGGCUCAAGAGCCUGGUGAGCAAGGGCACCCUGGUGCAGACCAAGGGCACCGGCGCCUCGGGCUCCUUCAAGCUGAACAAGAAGGCCGCCUCUGGGGAGGCCAAGCCCAAGGCCAAGAAGGCGGGCGCCGCCAAGGCCAAGAAGCCCGCCGGGGCCGCCAAGAAGGCCAAGAAAGCCACCGGCUCCGCCACCCCCAAGAAGGCGGCCAAGAAGACCCCGAAGAAGGCCAAGAAGCCGGCGUCUGCAGCCGGGACCAAGAAGGUGGCCAAGAGCCCCAAGAAGGCCAAGGCUGCCAGACCCAAGAAGGCCGCCAAGAGUGCCACCAAGGCUGUGAAGCCCAAGGCUGCUAAGCCUAAAGUCGCCAAACCCAAGAAGGCGGCGGCCAAGAAGAAGUAA